CCUGGAAUACCUGGGAAACCAAAUUAUUUAAAGAGUUUCAGGUUCGGUUUAGCUCCGGGUACUCAUGGAUACUGGCAGGACGGAAACUGUAAAGGAGAAAAGAUCUUCCAGCAGAUCAACUAGAGCAGGGAGAGGGGAGGAGGACAAGAGGAAGAAGAGAGAGAAAAGUGGAGAGGAUAAAACUCACGAAGAUAAACCAAGAAGGGAGCGGGAUAAAGAUGCGGAGAAAAAGAAAGAAAAAGAGAAAGAAAAAAGCGUAGAUCAAAGAAAAGAAAGAGAAAGUGAUAAAAAGAGAAAAACUGAUAAAGAGGCUGAAGCUAAAAAGGAAAAGGAGAAGAGGAAUGAAAAGGAAAAGAGAGGUGCAAAGAAAGUAGAAAGUGAUGCUGAAAGAAGAAAAGGAAAAGCAGAAGAGAAAAAGAAAGCAAGUAUAAAAGAAUCACCAAAAGCCCGCGAAAGUAAGACAAGUGUACGGAGUAAAACGGGAAAGAAAGAUAAGAAUGAUUUAUCCACAAAUGACGAGAAAGAAAAGAAAUCUAGAAUUUCCAGUCGAACAAAAAUAUCCAACGAGAAACCAGAUCUGAUUAUCGAAGAAAAGUCUGCUCCGGCCAUUCUUGAAGAAAUGGACGAUAUUUCCGAAGAGAAGGGCUUAAAUUUAUCGAUGGUGGUUCAGGAUGAAACUUCGCAACAUUUUCGAGAUGAAGAACUCGAAGAUUUUGAUGCAAACCCUGAAGAAGAUUUUGAUUAUGCAGAUGAUGAUUUUGAGGAUUAUGACGAUGAUUUUGAAGAUGACAACGAAGACGAAAUUGAUGACGAAGAUGAGGAGGAGGAGGAAGGUCAGGUUGAUGAGGAACGACAAGAGAAGAAGAUGGAUUCUGGUGUAUAUGACCUAGAAACCAAACAAAAACGAGGAUUGAGAAUUAAAGAAAUGGAAGAGGUGAAGGAAGCGAUGAAAAGAGAAAACUCUUCCAAGAGGACCAGGGGUGAGGAGCUGCUGAGUAUGAUUAGGUUGGAUGUGGUUAACUUUGAUCACUUGGACUUACCUCCUAUUAGAUAUGAAGCAUUUAUGAAAACAUUUGGAAAAAAUAAUUCUUUACAAGCUUUCUCUCAGACUGGGGAGGAUAAUUUAGAGGUUGAGGUUCAGACGGAGCAUAUUAUUGAGGAGGAGAAGUGGACUCAGAAGCCUCCGAACCUGACAAUAACCUCCGAUCUUGAGGACUCAGAUCUUAUCCGUGAAAACCUUCUAGGGUGUGGGGGAGGGAAACAGUUUAAAUACUUGUCCAAGGCAAGAAGAGAAGGAGCUGUAUUUGAAGACCUUCCACAGAGAGAUAUUGAUUUUGCAGAAAGUAUCAGUGUGCUGAAAAUACAAGAGAUUGAUGAAUUGGCUGGUAGGCCUAUAGAUCUGGUUGAAUUCUCUCCUGAUCAUCCAACCACACUCCUAGUAGUACAUGGAGCUAGAGAUACAUCAGAUAUCAGAACCUUUAUCACAAUCUGGAACAUAUCCCAGCCUUCCCAACCCUUAUUCCUUCUCUCAUCAACCUCCCUGGUAACCUCGGCCUGUUUCCAGUUUGAUAAAUCCUCCUUGAUAUUUGGAGGAUGUGAGGACGGCCAGGUUCUUCUCUGGGAUUUAAGAGAAGCUGGCGUUCUUCAUCAGCAAGUAAAAGAAGCAGCUACCUUGGCUGACCUCUGGCGAGCUCCAACCUUUACAAACUGUGAUACACACAGCUCAAUAGUAACCGCAGUCAAACCUUUACCUGACGAAGGCCAGGGAGCAGCGAGAGGAAAGUAUGCCGCGUUCACUGUUGUAUCCGUUGAGCAUCAAGGAAAACUGGUUAUUUGGACAGUGCUGGACUCACAGCGCGACUUUGAGACAAAUUUGGGGUUGGCGCAUUGGGGACAGGUGAGGAUGGUGGCAACUACAAUUAUAGAUCUGGCAACCAUUAUCCAUACUGAGAUAGAACCAGGACAAGAGGUUCAUGGAUACGAUAUAGGAGUAGAUCCAGAGGACAGUUCUCAUCUCAUGGUAGCAUCUGAUGACGGGAUGAUCAUUCAUGGAUCAACGCAACCCGAUCAUCGUCCCAACCCUAGAAUUUUCAAAUCUGAGAUUGACACCUUGUCAGCUUGUAAAUCAAUAUCCUUCUGUCCAUUUGAUGAAUCCUAUCUGAUAAUAGGUUCAGACGACGGAUCCAUCCGUCUUCAUAACACUGUUAAUGAGAAACCGUUAAUCACUUGGUCUGGAACUGUGGAUAAUGAACCCAUUCAAAAAGUUAUUUGGUCUCCGUCCCGUCCUUGUGUCUUCUUUCUCCUAGAUACAGCGAAUAGAAUUCAUCUAUGGGAUCUAGGAGCUGGUGAUAUUUAUCCUGCACACACAGUUCAGUUUGGUGACACUAUUAAUUCAUUCAGUUUGAGCUGCGAGACAGGAGAACCAGGCCAAAGACAGAUGUUAGCUGUUGGAAUAGAGGACGGCAGGGUUGAAAUCCUGCAUUUGAAAACUGAAUAUCGAGCAGAGGAUGACGAGAGCUGUGAACAUGAAUUAGAUCGGUUUCUGCAUUACGUUUCUAUCAUUUAACUUAAUAUCACAAAUAUAUUUUAAUUAAAAUAAUUUAAUUUAUUUUAAUAUAUAAUAAAUAAAUGAAGU